GAGGAAGAAGGGAAAAGAGAGGAAGAACAGAGGAGAGAGGAGGAAGAGAAAAGAGAGGAAGAACAGAAGAGAGAAAAAGAAGCAAGGAGUUUUGAGGGGACACAGAAGGAAGAGACAGAUGUAAAGAGCCCAAAAACAGAGAAACGUGGUCUGAUGGGAAAGAUGAGGAACGCUCUUCAGGCACUGAGAAAAGCGCGAGAGGUGGACAGGAGAAUGGAAAGGUGGGAUGAAGACAUAGAGAUGAGACGAUACAUGGCAGGACUGGAAGGUACAGAUCAGAUGCCGGGAGAAACGUCACACGAGCAGGACGGAGAGAGACGGGAAGGCCCGGUUAUACUGGUCAUCACUUCACCGUCCACGUCGGAGCUGAAUAAAGCGUGCCAGUGCCAGAGCAACAGCAAGCUGACCAGGAAGGAAAAGAAAGAACGGAGAAAACUGCAGAAAAGGCAGAGUGAAGAACUCAGAAAAAACUGUUGGAGUGCGCCCACUUUCCUUUGCUCCAAAAAGAACUGGUUCUGGAGCAGACGAUAUGGAGCGCACACAACUUUAACCAGCAACGCAGUGUUCCAGGUCCGUUUGGCUUUGCUGACAUGCUUUGCCAAGUAG